AUGGCUGCCAGGGUGACUGGGAUGGGCAUUGAGGAAGAGGGGAAGAAUGGUGGUACGGCAAAGAGAAAUGGGAAGUGUAAUUCCAGGCAGAGUCAUGGAGGCAGGUGGAUGGUGCUGGCAGCGCUGGGGAAGAGCAGGAAGCAGGAGUCUGUAAUUGGCAAGGACUGUAAAGGACCCAGGUCCUGCAGAACCACACCAGCAGCCGCAGCGGUAGCCACCGGAAACAGCGGCGUGUGUGAUCCAUUCUGGAAAUUGCCCAGGGCGACUUCCUUGCUGCUGGAUGUGGUGAUGUUCUGGCCAAAAAAGAUGAAAGUGAAUGUGUUGGGUGGACUUCUUGGAAGGCUCUUUAAGGAGGGCUGGCAGAGCACUGUCUGCUCUUUCCUCCACGUGGCUGGCUCCUACUGUGCAAGAACUAGCUGGAAUGCUACUGCCUGUGGGGGGCCUGCCUCGACUGUCCGACUAUCCGACUAUCCGGCUGAGCUGGGGAGUGAGUCUCAGCUGGGGAGUGAGCCUGAGCUGGGGAGUGAGUCUCAGCUGGGGAGUGAGCCUGAGCUGGGGAGUGAGUCUGAGCUGGGGAGUGAGCCUGCACAGCAGAGCGACCUGCUGUCCUCUCACCCCAGCCCUUUCUGUUCUCCUGAAUCUGCCACAGCCCUAUCUGGCGAUCAGGUGUUAGGUCUAGGUCCCACCCUGCCACUGACUUCUGUCAAUCAGGCCUUACAGCCACCACCUUCCUGGAGCCACCCAUGCCACCCAGCCGUGGUCAACUCCACGGUGAUCUUCUAUAUCACCAUGGACGAUGAACCCUUGGGCCAUGUCUCCUUCAAGCUAUUUGCAGACAACGUUCCAAAGACCGUAGAGAACUUCCAUGCUCUGAGCACUGGGGAGAAAGGAUUUGGUUAUAAAGAUUCCUGCUUUCACAGGAUUAUUCCAGGAUUUAUGUGCCAGGGUGGUGACUUCACAUGCCAUAAUGGCACUGGUGGCAAGUCCAUCUAUGAGGAGAAAUUUAAUGGUGAGAAUUUCAUCCUGAAGCAUAGCAGUCCUGGCAUCUUGUCCAUGGCAAAUACUGGACCUAACACUAUCAGUUCCCAGUUUUUCACCUGCACGGCCAAGACUGAGUGGUUGGAUAGCAAGCAUAUGGUCUUUGGCAUGGUGAAAAAGGGCAUGAAUACUGUGGAAGCCAUGGAACACUUUGAGUCCAGGAAUGGCAAGACCAGCAAGAAGAUCACUAUUGCUGACUGUGGACAAAUCUAA